AUGUAUCCCGUAGUUGAAAAAGAAUUAGUGAAAAAGUUAGUGAAAGCACUAGAUAUUCAAGGUGCAAAGUUCUCUGCUGGUUGGAUACAACAAGCACAAAAGCUUCCAGAAGAUAUGCCCAUAGUUGUUAGAGAAUUUCUUCAAACUUUGUAUGUUCGAGAAGUACCAAUUAAAACUAUGGGGAAUGAGAAAUUACGUUUUACAGUAGUUCUGGGCUAUACUGUAUCGAGAGAAAAACUUCCGCCUGCUGUAAUUUUUUUCAAAUUAAAAAAAAAACCAAAGGGCAAAUUUCCACGAGACGUGGUAGUAACCAUGGCACCUUGUGCAAAUAUGAUAGGUGAUUUGAUGAUCUCUACUUAUAUUCCACAAGUUAUUCGAGCCAGACCGAAUGGGUUCUUUAAAAGUAAAGAUGAAAGAAAAGGCAAAUUUACUAAAAAAAGAAACCUCAAAAGAGCAUCAUACGAAUUGGUAUAUGAAUGGGUAUUUGAAACGUGGAGAGAAAUCAGUAUAGAUAUUUUGAAUAGGUCUUUUGAAGCAUCCGGGCUUACACUUAACCCCGAUGGCAGUGAAGAUGACAAGAUGACAAGCCGCCUGCAAGCUAUUAUUGCAAACUGUUUAAAUGAGGUGUGUUUUUCUGAGGAAGAAGAUAAUGAAUCAUCAAAUCAGGAUGAUGUAAAUAAUAAAUCAAAUCCUGAUGAACUUGAUGAUGAACUUUACGAUGAAAGUGUAACAGAUGAUGACUCUGAAGAUAUGAUGGACAUUGAUAAUUGA